AUGGAGACCAUUUCAUAUCCUUGUUCUCCUCUCCUCUUCUUUCCUACACAUGAAGAGAGUCGCUAUUCACUAUGGUCUCCUCAACUCACCCUCCAUGAGAAUGCCACCAUACCUGCUGAUCCUUCUCCUGAUGUAAGAGAAGGUUGUGAGCUCUUUGACACCAUUGCUAUUGAUUCUAGUGAUUCCCAUGACCAACAUCCCUUUGAUGUUGAUGUGUUCAACCAUUGUGAUGAGAGGUUUCUGUGCCAAGAGAGUGCUAACCUGGCGGCUAUCCAAGAUGAGCUCAUGGAGGAGAACAGUUUAAGUGAUCUCCUUCUCACUGGUGCAGAUGCGGUUGAGGCUGGGGAUUCAAGCCUUGCCUUGGCGGUGCUUUCAAAACUUAAUGGCCUCUUGGCUGGCACCUGUGAGAAUGCUGCAACCAGCUCUUUGGGUCGCCUGGCCUACCACUUUGCCCAAGGCCUGCAAUCCCGGAUAUCUGGUGCAUGCUCUCCAUGCUACCCGCCAGAUCCAGUGCAGUCUGGUAUCAUGUCGGCGCACCAGAUGAUCCAAGAGCUGUCGCCAUAUGUCAACUUUGCACACUUCACCGCCAAUCAGGCCAUUCUAGAUGCCACCAUAGGUGACAUGGAUAUUCAUGUCAUCGACUUCAACCUUGGUGAGGGCAUACAGUGGCCAUCGCUCAUGUCAGACCUUGCUCGCCAUGGUGGCAAGUCAUUCCACCUUACAGCAAUUAUAACAGAUGCUGUUUACAAUGAUGACACUUAUCAAGCAGCUGCACGGCGGCUUUCGGAGUUUGCCGAGUCCUUGAACCUUCCCUUCCGGUACAACUCUCUGUGUGUACGCCAUGAGGAGGACCUGGACGACUUCUCCCGGAACUGUGAAGGCCCAGUGGUUGUCUCUUGUGACACAACGAAUCUGUGUUACAGAUCAGGUAGCAAGUUACAGAUGCUACUACUCUGUGUGAGGAAGUUACAACCCAAGUCAGUAGUCGUCAUAGAAGAGGUGCUGGUCAGAAUUGGGAAAGAGGCUUGUUUGUCCCAGGCCUCCUUUGUGGAGUUCUUCUUCGAGGCAUUGAACCAUUUCACCACGGUGUUUGAGUCCCUGUCGAGUUGUUUCAGCAGUAGUAGCAACAGGGCGUGCCUGAGGCUUGUCGAGAAGGAUAUGGUGGGGCCAAAGAUACAGGACUUCGUGGGGCAGUACGGAUCUGUGACACCGGAGGCCGCUGCUCCGAAGGUUUUGGAGGGUUUUACAUCUUGUGAGCUGAGUGCUUGCAAUAUUGCUCAGGCUAGGAUGCUCGUUGGGCUGUUCAACAGGAGCUGGUGUCGGUUUGGAGGGCUUCAGUUGUGCUGGAGGUCCAGACCUUUGAUCUCUGUGUCGCCGGUUCAUCUCUUUCUUAGCACAGAACUUUGCGACCGUACACUGAAUGAGGAUGACCAUAGAAGAUUGGAGCACGUCCUGCUAAGGAUUCAUACCAUCGUUGAGGAAGCAGAGGGGCGGUGCAUCACAAAUCGAGGAAUGCUGCUACAGCUGAAGAUGCUCAUGGAGGGCAUGUACGAAGGGCACUACAUGCUUGACAGGUUCAAGAUACAGCAUGCUGAAGAAGACAAAGUCGAAGGUGAGGUGAGAUCACUUGCCAUGUCUACUCUUACUGCUGCCAAGCGCCUUCGUUUUACUUCUGCUAUCACAAAGGACACACCAGCAGCUUUUGGUACCGGGGGCACUGCAAACCUGAAAGGUAUUCUUGACAGUUUAGAAGCAAAGAUUCAGGAUAUGAGGGAGUUCGUCAUGCUGCUUGGCAGCUGCCCACGCCUGCCUCGUCAGCCGUACUGUACAUAUCUGUUCAUGGAUAAGUGCAUGUUUGGUCGCCACGCCGAGAAAGAGCAUGUCAUCAAUUUCUUGCUGGCAAAUGAUGAUACUCAUGAUGACUGCCCAAAUCUGGGCAUCCUUCCGAUCAUCGGUCCGCACCGAGUUGGGAAGAAAACCCUUGUGCAACAUGCUUGCAAGGAUGAGAGGGUACGCGAUUUCUUCUCCAAGAUAUUGUUCUUCAAAGGGGAUGAUCUAGAGAACGGAGAAUUCGCAGAGAGUUUAGAGGCUGCCUCCGGGAAGAAGUGCUUGUUUGUUGUUGAGUUCCAUUGGAAUUUGGAUGAGGCAGCAUGGGCAAAUCUCAAAUCCUCUUUUCAGAAGGUGGCGGGUCAUGGAAGUAAAGUUCUUCUGAUAGGAAGAACUCAUGAAGUUGCUAAGUUCGGGACGGCACUGCCUGUCUGGAUUAAGAGUUUGUCUCAGGAAGAGUACUGGUACUACUUCAAGGCACUCGCUUUCGGAAGCAUGGAUCCUGAUGAGCAUCCAAAACUUGCAUCUCUGGGCAUGCAGCUAGCUACUGAAUUAAAAGGCUCAUUCCUGGGUGCAAACAUACUCGGUGAGAUGUUAAGAUCUAAUCCCAACGCUCAGUUCUGGCACGCCAUCCUGUCAAGCGUAAGAGCGCUCGUGCAGGAACACAUGUUUUCCGUUGGGGUACACCCUGAAGACCUCCUUGAGAGAAAUGUUCCUGUUGGUUUCACUAAUGUUUCCUUUGUGGGUGCCCAAAGUCAGGGGUGCCUGGUGUAUGAUCUCAGGGAGGCUGGCCCUGGAGAAGAUGAGCUGCCAUUGCCGACGUCGCGAGAAGUACUGACGGGUGUCAAGGUUCCUGCUGAGGACAGGUUUGAUGUGCUGGUAUGGAAAUCUCGCAUCCCACCAUACUGCAGCUACAUAGCUACCUAUGAGAGACAGAAGGCGCCCCGGCACAAAGUUGGCAAGAAGAAUCGUCUGGCUCUGAGAGAAAUACAAUCGUAG